UACAGGUCAGGAGGCUGACGCUCACUAGAGCUUUCACAGCGACUGCAGUUUCCAUGUGAUCCCUUAAACACAGGGACUAACUGUUUUGGGGUUCUGCCCUUAGGACCGAAUGAAGAAACGAAUCUUGCUUUUCUUCGCAUACAGAGGACAAGUGAGAAAAGGGAAAAAGAGCAAAAGGAGAAAAUGGCCGACUUUAUAUUACGGAAAGCUGAACCCAAAGAUGUCUCAGAUAUUCUUCGUCUCAUAAAGGAACUUGCGAAGUUUGAGAAAAUGGAAGAACAAGUCGUUCUGACUGAGAAAGAGCUGCUGGAGGACGGGUUUGGAGAACAUCCGUUCUACCACUGCAUCAUCGCUGAAGUGCCCAAGGACAAACAAAGUGCACAGGAUCACACCGUGGUCGGCUUUGCCAUGUACUACUUCACCUACGACCCCUGGAUCGGGAAGCUGCUCUACCUGGAGGACUUUUACGUCAUGGGGGAGUUCAGAGGUUACGGCAUCGGCUCUGAGAUCCUGAAGCAGCUCAGUGAAAUGGCAGUAAAGUGUCGCUGCAGCAGUUUGCAGUUCAUCGUUGCCGAGUGGAACAAAUCAUCCAUCGAGUUUUACAAACGCCGCGGCGCGAGUGAUCUCUCUCUGGAGGAGGGCUGGAGGCUGUUUGAGAUCGACAAGGAGAGCCUGAUCAAAAUGAUGAAGUAGACGAGAAAUAAACACAAAGCUGUGUGAUUAACUCUGAA